GAUACGGAAGAAAGGGUACAUGUUGUUGUGUUUACAAGUACUGAAAUGCUCUGUUUGACCUAAAGCAGCACUUGUAACAAUGGAGAAGGAAGACAAGUCUUCAACAGAUCUAGUAAUUGACAGUGAACUGAAGAGAUUUGUACGCAAUGAAUAUCUACGCCUGAGAAACCUGAAAAAAAACAGGCAUGCAGAAUUAGUCAGGCGUCUAUACAGUGAGAACAGAGCAGAAAUACAAGCAGACCUGGAGGAGGCCAAAUGCAGCCAACCGAGGCCCAGAUGUCAGCUGUUCCACAAGAUAGACAUCCUUGGGUCAACACCUGUCACACACAAUUGUGAGGUGAGCAGCUGCGUGAAGGAGCUUGCCAGCCAGUCGGUGCCCCUGCGUGUUAUGAACAGUCUCAAGCCCAUCCCUUUCAUGUAUUCCUGGGCCCCGCUCCAGCAGAACUUUGUGGUUGAGGACGAGACAGUGUUGCACAACAUUCCAUACAUGGGAGACGAGGUGCUUGAGAAGGACACCUCCUUUAUCGAGGAGCUGAUCCGCAACUAUGAUGGGAAAGUGCAUGGGGAUAAAGACAAGUCCCUGCUCGAUGACGAGAUCUUCGUGGGCCUCGUCAGUGCUGUGGCUAACUGGCUUAGGGAGAAUCACAACAUCAAGAUAGAGGAGGGCGAGUUGAGUGACACAUCUCCGCUAGAGCAACCAGAGGUGUUUGAAGCCAUAUCUGCAGUGUUUCCAGAGAAAGGAAAACCUGAGACACUUAAACACCUGUACCGUGAUCUAUUGGACAAGAAGGACCCCAGCACCCUGCCCCCAGAGUGUACCCCCAACAUUGACGGCCAGGACGCCAUGUCCGUGCCCAGGGAACAAACAAUGCACUCAUUCCAUACACUCUUCUGUAGACGAUGUUACAAAUAUGACUGCUUCCUCCACCCUUACAGACCCCACCCCAGCAAGGCAAUGAGGAAGCCACCAGAGAGGAAACAGGAACCGGAGCCCUGUGGUCCUGCUUGCUUUAUGCACCUGACUGGCUAUAUUGAGAAGGAAGCUUCUGUUGGCGGUGGGUCAGGGUCAGACCAGGAGCGCUCUGAGCGGAGUCGCUCACCCCUGCCGGUCGGGGGGAAGUCGGAAAGGAGCAGCUCACCUGUCGGCGGGACUAAGAACAGGAAGAGGAAGGCCAAUGGCACCGCUGGCAGUGGCAGUGAGGACAGCAAUGAUGGGAGCGGGUCAGUCAUGAAAAUGAAGUACAAAAGUCUUGAGCAGCGUUUUCCUAUGAAGGAGAAGAAUGUUCGUUUGGAAUGGACAGGCGCAGAGCAGUCGCUGUUCCGUGUCCUUACAGACAUGUACCGCUCCAACUACUGUGCCAUCGCUAAACUCCUGUGGGAAAAGUCGUGUAAACAGGUGUAUGAGUUUGCCAGCAAUGAGAUGAGCCACCUACAGGAGCUGACUGAGGACAGCGAGAAAACACCCCCACGUAAAACAAAGUCAAAGAAGAGACCCAUAAGCAAGGUGUGGGCACUGCACUCAAAGCGUGUUCAGAUGAAGAAAGACAGUAACAUGAAGGUUGUGUCCAACUAUGUACCAUGUGACCACCCUGGCACGCGCUGUGACGAGACCUGUAACUGUGUCAUGGCACAGAACUUUUGCGAGAAGUUCUGUCAGUGCAGUCCGGAAUGUGAGAAUCGUUUCCCUGGUUGUCGGUGUAAGGCCCAGUGCAACACGAAGCAGUGCCCAUGUUACCUGGCGGUUAGAGAGUGUGACCCUGAUCUGUGUCAGAUGUGUGGGGCUGACCAGUUCGACACUGAAAAGAUCUCAUGCAAGAAUGUCAAUGUCCAGAGGAACCAGAAAAAGCACCUGUUGUUGGCACCCUCAGACAUUGCUGGCUGGGGGAUUUUCUUGAAGGAGUCCAGUGAAAAGAAUGAGUUCAUCUCAGAAUACUGUGGAGAGGUGAUAUCCCAGGAUGAGGCUGACCGGCGGGGCAAGGUCUACGACAAGUACAUGUGCAGUUUCCUCUUCAACCUCAAUAAUGACUUUGUCGUGGAUGCAACACGUAAGGGGAACAAGAUACGCUUUGCAAACCACUCCAUAAACCCAAACUGCUACGCCAAGGUGAUGAUGGUGAACGGGGACCACCGUAUAGGGAUCUUUGCCAAGCGAGCAAUACAAGCAGGGGAGGAACUCUUCUUUGACUACAGGUAUGGACCCACCGAACAACUGAGGUUUGUGGGGAUUGAGAGAGACGUGGAAAUGACAUGAUGUGUUACUGUGUACAGAAUAUAACCUCAUAUCUGACAAGAUGUUAAGGUGCAAAAUCACACUGAAAUCUGUCUGUAAAAAAACAUUAUCAUGCUGAAAGUGUACUAAGGCUCCCAACAGAAAACAGAGAACAAGAUUGCAUGGAAGGUUAAAUUGUAAUAAAUACUUGAAAUAGUUUUGUAUGAAAACUUGUUUAUCAACAUACAUAAUUCUUAAAUAAAAUGUUUGCAUUUUA